AUAUCUAAGUGCAAUAAUGACUCCUCCCAAGUCAACUUCUUCAAGUUCUGCAAGUGAAAGUGUUGGUAUCGUAACAAGAAGCAUGGCAAAAAACAAGAGUGUAUCUCUGGAAAGAAAUUCUCACCAAGUUGAGAAAAAUCGGCCGCUUUUGAACCCUUUGAACCAAGAGGAAGAUUUGAGAGACGAUGCUUCAUCGACACCUUUCUCAAUAGAGGAACAUGUUAUGAUGACGAACGCAUCAACCAUUCAAGAGCAACUUGCAACCAUGGCGAAAACAAUGGAGUCACUAAUGAAACAUGUCCAAAAUCAAGACUCCACAAUUUUAAAGUUGCUAGAAAGGGUCGACAAAGCUGAGACUAGCCGAGCUGGGGGCAAGCAAGGUGAAACACAUGAGGAAGAAGAAACUUCUAAAGAAGAUGAGGUGAAACAAACUGAAAAGGAGAAGUCUUCGUCAGAAAUCCAUGUUUCUUCAAGUGGACUCAUACCAACUGACCAACUCAAAGAAUUCAUCAUGGGAACCAUCAAGGACAAGUUUGAUGGAGGCUCCAAGUCAUCUUUGACUUAUUCGAAGCCAUACACCCAAAGGAUUGAUAGCUUGAAGAUGCCUACUGGAUAUCAACCACCGAAGUUCCAACAAUUCGAUGGGACUGCGAACUUUGCUUCAAUUGUGACUUGCAAGGAAGGAUAUGCAAGUUUCGCUUGUAAUGUGACGAGCGAGAAAGAUGAUGUGCCAAGUGAUGAGGAGUCAACUGAUGAAAAAGAGCAAUGUGACCACGAAGACAAUGAUGCAGCAGUCACCUAUACAGACGAAGACUUGAUGUUGGGCUCAAAACCCCAUAACAGGCCUUUAUUCGUAACUGGUUACACUCGCGAGAAAAAGGUGAAUCGCAUAUUGAUAGAUGGAGGUUCUGCUGUGAACAUUUUGUCUCUGCGUACUUUAAAAGAGCUAGAGGUCCCGACGGAUGAACUCUCAAAUAGUCGAUUGAUGAUUCAAGGCUUUAACCAAGGGGGGCAACGAGCUCUAGGCAUAAUUAGAUUGAAGUUAGUAAUCGGAGAGAUGACUUCAAAUGCUCUUUUCCAUGUGAUAGAUGCCAAAACCUCUUAUAACAUGUUAUUGGGACGUCCUUGGUUGCAUGAGUAUGGAGUGGUGCCUUCUACUUGGCAUCAAUGUUUCAAAUACUGCCAAGAUGGU